AUGCCAAUUCCACUAGGCUUGAUUGUGCCCAGUUUUAAGAUCGGCGCCGGUUUGGGAAGAUUCUACGGCGAGUGCAUGUCCUACUUCUUCCCGAAGGGCAUCAACCCCUUCCAGGACCGCUCCGACUAUCCAAUUCUCGCCGGCGCCUACGCGGUGGCCGGCUCGGCGGCCUUCGCCGGCGCCAACACCGGCGCCCUCAGCUCCGCCGUCAUCGCCUUCGAGAUGACCGGCCAGGUGACCCAUCUGCUGCCGGUCAUUGUGGCCAUUCUGGCGGCGACCAUCACCGCCCGGCUCUUCUGCCCCUCCAUCUACGACUCGCUGAUCAUCCUCAAGAAGCUGCCCUACCUGCCCUCGAUCCUCCCCUCCAGCUCCACCGGCCACCGCAUCUUCGUGGAGGACUUCAUGGAGCGCGACCUCCUCUUCGUCUUCGGCAAGUGCACCUACCGCUACCUGCGCCACCUGCUCAGCUCCAAGACGGGCGCCAAGCUGCGCAUCUUCCCCUUCGUCAAGUCGCCCGAAAGUAUGAUCCUCCUGGGCACGGUGGAGCGGACGGAGCUGCAGGCGCUCCUCGACAACCACCUCAGCCGCCAGCGGAUGGUCUUUGAGCUGCGCAAGUCAAUGCAAAGUCUGAGCGCCCAGGUGGCCGCCAACUGUCCGGUGCAUGGGCCCACGGGGCAGCAUCAGCAGCAGCCACAACAAGGGCAGCUCGGAUCGCAGCCCAAUCUUCAGCAAAACCGGCGAUUUCAGGUGAACGCCGUCUCGGAGCCGCCGGCGGAGGAGACCAUUGAGGUGACGUCGCUUGGGACAGUCGCUUGGGAAGAGGAGCAGCUGGAUGUGCGAGUGGACUUUACCAACUGUCCCAUUGAUCCGGCGCCCUUUCAGCUGAUGGAAGGUACCUCGCUGUUGAAGGUGCACAACCUCUUCUCCCUGCUGGGACUGCAGCUGGCGUACGUCACCUCGCUGGGCACUCUGGUGGGCGUGGUGGCGCUCAAGGAGCUGCGAAAGGCAAUCGAGGAGAUGGAGGCAGGUCAGCUGCCGAGAACCAAGUCACGGGCAAACGGCCUCAAUGAGGACAUUCAGGAGGAGGACGAGGAAGAGGAGGAGGAGGAGGAGGAAAUGGAUGGACAGGCUGGAGGGGAACAAGGCAAACAGGAUGAUGAGGGACCAGAGGAGGCAGAG